AUGUUGUCUACUAAAACGCAGAUGCUUUCGCAGAUUCGUAACUACGCUGGAAAAUCCGUCCACACCCACACCAUCAAGACCCCAGUUGGGAUCAAGGCUGCCUUAGCUACAUUAAAGCCUAAGACCACCAGAUUGUCCAUCGAAGGGCCAAUUGAGUGCGAUGUUGAUGGAUUUCAACUUUUAAACUCGCCAGUUUUCAACAAAGGUUCAGCUUUCACUGCUGAAGAAAGAACUGCUUUCAAGUUGAAUGGGUUGUUACCAUCCCAGAUCAACUCUUUGGAUGAGCAAGUUGACCGUGCCUACACUCAAUUCUCGUACUUGAAGACACCAUUGGCAAAGAAUGAUUUCUGUACUUCUAUGAGGAUCCAAAACAAGGUUUUAUACUACGAAUUGGUUAGAAGACAUAUCAGAGAAAUGUUACCUAUUAUCUAUACACCAACUGAAGGUGAUGCCAUUGCCGCAUACUCGCAUAGAUUCAGAAAACCUGAAGGUUGCUUCUUGAGUAUUACCGACCCAGAUGGAAUUGAAGAAAGACUUGCAUUAUACGGUGAAGACAAAGAUAUAGAUUAUGUUGUCGUGUCUGAUGGUGAAGGAAUCUUGGGAAUUGGUGAUCAAGGUGUUGGUGGUGUCAGAAUUGCUAUUGCAAAGUUGGGUCUCAUGACCCUCUGUGGUGGUAUUCACCCAGGUAGAGUGUUACCUAUCUGUUUAGAUGUAGGUACCAACAACAAGGAGUUGUUAGAAGACGAUUUAUAUAUGGGUAACAAAUUCCCAAGAGUUCGUGGUGAAGAAUACUGGACUUUUGUUGAUAAGUUUAUUCACGCUUUGAAGAAGCGUUUCCCAAAUGCCGUUUUGCAUUACGAAGAUUUUGGUGUUACCACCGGUAGAACUAUGUUGCACAGAUACAGGGAAACUUUACCAUCAUUCAAUGAUGACAUUCAAGGUACUGGUGCAGUUGCCAUGGCAUCCAUGACCGCUGCUUUGAAGUUCAGUAAUAGAGAUUUAUUAGAUUCUAGAGUUGUGAUUUAUGGAGCUGGUUCUGCAGGUAUUGGUAUCGCAGAUCAAAUCACCAAUCACAUGAAGCUGCAUGGAGCCUCUGAAGAACAUGCUACUUCUGCUAUCCACUGUAUGGAUCGUCAAGGGUUAAUCUUAGACAAACAUGAAUAUCCAACUGCUGCCCAGAAGGUGUACGCUGAUAAGGCCAGCGAUUGGGAGGGAAUUGACACUAAGUCACUUUUAGAAGUGAUUAAGAAGGUUAAGCCAACCGUCUUAGUUGGUUGUUCUACUCAACCUGGUGCAUUUACUGAAGAAAUUAUCAAGGAAAUGUAUAAGCAUAACAAACAACCAAUUGUGUUCCCAUUAUCCAACCCAACCAGAUUACACGAAGCCUUCCCAGUUGAUAUCAUGAAAUGGACUGACAACAACGCAUUGAUUGCUACCGGAUCUCCUUUCCAACCAGUUGAUGGAUACGUUAUCUCAGAGAAUAACAAUUGUUUCACCUUUCCAGGAAUUGGUUUAGGUGCUGUUUUAUCUAGAUGUACUACAAUCACUGACACUAUGAUCUCCGCAGGUGUUGAUCAAUUAGCCUCAUUAUCACCUAAGAUGGCAGACCCUAAGAACGGUUUAUUACCAAGGUUAGAAGAAAUAGAUGAAGUAAGUGCUAAAGUUGCAACUGCUAUUAUUUUACAAGCUUUGGAAGAAGGUACUGCAAGAGUUGAAGAAGAAGAGAGACCAAAUGGUGGUAGAGUCCAAGUUCCAAGAGAAUUCAACAAAUGUUUGAAAUGGGUUCAAUCCCAAAUGUGGAAACCAGUCUACAGACCUUUAGUUAAGGUUGAGCACGUUCCUGAAAUUCAUACUCACCAGUACUAA